UAUAUUUCUGGUGCGUCACCUCGGAUACGUGGACAUAGCAAUCCUGCUACUUGGUUUCUUUCCAGCUAACUUCAUCUUUGUUGAACAACUCAAUGAGAAACCGGGACCAUUCUCCGUUAUAUGCACGUUUCAGGGGAUUUGUAUGAAUGUGUUCGGACUUACAGCCUUGUCAAUAACCGCCCUAAUAUCUGUUCACAGACUACUACGCUGUACUCUACCGCAGGCAAUAGCACGAGUAACAAGAAACAGUAUGCUGAUAUUCGUGCUGGGCUGCUAUUUAGCCGCCAUAUCCAUAGCCGUCCUGGUCAUGAUCAUCCCGCCAAAACUAACCUACAGAUACGACAACGGCUACUAUUCCUGCAUCGGACAUUACGGUAUCAAGGACAGAGAGAACAACAUGGGAGGUAUAGCCCGAGCAGUGGGGAUGACACUGGGAGCCCUCUUCUUCCUCGUCAUUAUCCUGAUAAACGUCCUCCUUCAUCAUUACUCGAGAAAGAAGCUGGCUCAUCUAUCUGGCAACUCGGUGAAGAAGCACAAGACCUCCAGAUACAGGACACUAACUACCCACUCCAUCUCAGCACUCCUCAUAGUCACGUGGUUACCCUUCGCUAUCACAUUCUUCAUCACUAUCUCCCUGGAGUCACGUGACCCGGGAUUGUCAGCGGAGUGUCAGACCCCUUCUGUCAGACACAUCUCCACCUUUGCUAUUAACUUCUACCUGCUAAACUUCGUGCUCAACCCACUCCUUUACAGCGUGACUAACAUUAAUUUUAUGAAGUUCGUUAUCAAGCUGAUAAAGAAGCACUUUAGUAAAAUGUUGUGUGUAGCCCAGUUGUGCACUAAACUGAACCCCGACCUGGAUAUCUCCACCAACGUGUCCACAAUGGACCAGGCUGGUGGGGCGUCCAGUAACAACUGUCCUGCUCCGGAAAGGGUUUACUCUAACAUGCUGACUGUCCCUGCUCAGUCCUCUACCAAGAAGAAGCUGUCUCCCGCUAAAUCCGCUAAUAAAUAUGUAAAGAAGGAGAGUGGUGGAAAGAAGGUGGUGGGGAGUAAGACUGAUGAGAUCAGGAGUAACAAAAGUGACUUUUCAGAAAUCAUUCAAAUGUCACCAGUCAAUAAUUCAUCGCUUGACAGUAGGAAGAGUAAAAAGAAAAAAGACAUCGCAAAGAAAAACACAGAUAAUAAGAAAGCUGCAGUGUAAUACAACUUUAAAGUCCUUGUAGUGAAAAUUAUCAAUUACGACAGCCUGUGAAACAAGAGCUGUAAAACUAUAACCAGACAGUUGUGUGGAAGUGACAUUCUGGGGUAACUAUUGUAAAUCUAGUUUCAGCGUGUAGAUCAGACUUGUUGAGCAUGACAUUGGAUACCUGUUCUGCACUAAAUACCAAGCCGGUAAAUGGUAAUACUAUAAUUCAGAGGAAACUAUAUCCUCACCAGAUCCCUCACCAGAUCCCUCACCAGAUCUGAGAUCCCUCACCAGAUCCCUCACCAGAUUCCUCACCAGAUCUGAAAUCCCUCACCAGAUCCCUCACCAGAUCCCUCACCAGAUCCCUCACCAGAUCCCUCACCAGAUCCCUCACCAGAUCCCUCACCAGAUCCCUCACCAGAUCCCUCACCAGAUCCCUCACCAGAUCCCUCACCAGAUCCCUCACCAGAUCCCUCACCAGGUCCCUCACCAGAUCUCUCACCAGACCCCUCAUUUCGCAACCAAUUCCUAACCAGAUCUUAACAAAAUUUUGGUUCGACCAUAUUCCAAUAAAUUGACUGUGAGUAGGAAAAGUUCCGGCGAUAUUAAGGAUAACUCAUGUUAUGGACGAUGAGAAUACG